AAUCACGAAAUGGCGGGCGAUUCGAACACGUGAAAACCGGCUUUUAAUCUGUUACUGCGCUGUACAAUAUACACAUCAUCAGAGAACGAAGGGAGUUUAUGAUGGACGUCGCUUUGCAAUUCGAAUGCAAAGUUGGCGCCGUGAGUGAUGCACUCAUCGUGACUUGCUUUGACCGUAUCUUCAGCGAUAGCAAAACAUGCUAGAUUAGAUGCACGACGAGUCAAGUGGAUAUUAGACAGUAACGUGUUCAUUGUAUUACAGAUUGCAGAUUGCUCUGUCCUGACAAUAUCAAUUGUUUGCAAUGUCUCUGAAAGGAAUAAAAGUGCUUGAAUUAGCUGGGCUUGCUCCUGCUCCGUUCUGUGGAAUGUUACUUGCAGACUUUGGUGCAUCAAUCAUUCGAAUAGAUAGACCUGGUUCAAAUUCACAAAUUCAAGAUUCACUAGGCAAUGGGAAGAGAUCUAUUGCUUUAAAUUUGAAAUCUAAAAAGGGCGUAGAUGUAUUUAAAAGACUGAGUAAUAGAUGUGACGUUUUAAUUGAUCCAUAUAGGAAAGGUGUCAUGGAAAAGUUAAAGUUGGGACCAGCAGAUCUUAUGAAAUCAAAUAAAAAAUUAAUUUAUGCAAGGUUGACUGGCUUUGGUCAAGAUGGUCCAUAUGCUGAAAUGGCUGGCCAUGACAUAAAUUACGUAGGAUUAUCAGGUCUUCUGUCUCUGUUUGGUCGUCACAACGAAAAGCCAACACCACCAUCAAAUUUUGCUGCUGAUUUUGCAGGUGGUGGUUUAAUGUGUGCUUUUGGAAUAGCAAUGGCUUUGCUUGAAAGAAAUGAAAGUAAAAAAGGCCAAGUUAUCGAUGCUUCAAUGACUGAAGGAACUGCUUACUUGGGAAGCUGGUUCUACAGAUCGCGCAAUCUUCCUGGACUUUGGACUGAACCAAGAGGAAAAAACUUAUUGGAUACUGGAGCACACUUUUAUGACACUUAUGAAACAAAAGAUGGCCACUAUAUGGCUGUGGGUGCUCUGGAGUCACAAUUCUAUGAUAUUUUUUUAGAUAAACUUGGUCUUACUGAAGAUGAAUUACUACACUUUGACAAUUUUGAAGAAAACCGUGAAAAAUUAUCUGACAUUUUUAAAAGUAAAACUCAAGAUGAAUGGUGCAGUAUAUUUGAUGGAACUGAUGCUUGUGUAACUCCGGUUUUGACAUUAGACAAUGUUGCAUCUCAUAAACACAAUGAUUAUUCAAAAACUUUCUCGAUCGGAAGGGACAAUUUAGUAAUACCCAAUGUAGCACCUAAGCUCUCCAGAACUCCAGGUGUAUCAUGUGCUACUAGAUUUCCUAAUACAAAUCCUGGUGAACAUACUAUUGAGAUUUUAACUGAAUAUAAAUUUACCUCUAAAGAAAUUAAAGAUUUGAUAGAUAAUAAUAUUGUUGAGCAAACAACAAAGUCAAAGCUGUAGUUAGAAAAAACUAUACACAUUUAUUGGUGCAAUAGAGCAAUGAAACGAAAAAUGUAGAAAUUUUUAUUCAAUGUUAUAUGUUAUAUUUAAUCAAGGAUUAAAUAAUUGGUUUUUAAAGAAUAUUUUUACCGUGUAUUUUUAUAUUUAACGUUAUAAUAAACAAAACUGUUUAUAAAAUAAAAACUGUUUGUAAAAU